AUGUCACUCUGCAAUCCCCCGGCACCAUCGACCCCAACCGAAGGUUCCUCAACGUCCGCCGGGGAGGGGCAGGAACCUCGGCGCCAAUAUAUCAAAACUAGCUAA